GGUAUGCGCCACAACCUUCGAGAUUAUCAUCAUUAUCAGGUCAAAUCAAUGUCAACAUGGCGUAGCGUGGUGUCGCAAGACGACUAGACCCACAAUGGAAAUUGCCACGUAAGACUAAAUUGUCGCCUACGUUCUGUUUGCACUGGCUGACGUAACGCACCCGUCAAAUUGCCCGAACUAUGCCGGCCGGCAAGCAAGGAAGCUGGCAAAGCAAGCACCUCAAGGUCCUAGCAUAGAAGACGUGGGGCAUUAACUGCAUCCACGUGUGGCAUGGGACAUAACCGGCUGUGUCUGAAGUACUGAUGGGCUCCAGCGAUGAUGUACGGCAGUGUCCCCUUCUCUGGAAGGCACGCGAGCAGGCUGUAGCUCACCAGUGUUGACCGAGAAGAGGUGGCCAUGUUGUUGAACAAAUGGAUCGCGAUAGCACUACUCAUGCUGUCGUGGCCUGCGCUCGUCUGGGGACAUCAAAAGCCACACGUUGUCGUCAUCAUGGUUGAAAGUUUGGGUUGGGCUGACGUCGGCUUCCACGGUUCGCGCCAAAUGCGCACGCCCAACAUCGACGCCCUGGCGGCGGACGGCGUCAUCCUCAACAAGUACUACACCCCACCUUCCGGUGUGGCCUCGAGGAUUGGCCUCCUCACCGGGGUGUAUCCUUUCCGAGCAGGUAUAACAAGAACGAUCCAUCCUUCGCAACCGACUGCGCUCCCCACGCUCUUCACGACGCUUCCGAUGUUCCUGAAGAAUUUGGGCUACGCUACGCACUUCGUCGGAGUCUGGAGCCUGGGAUUCUUCAAGGACGAGUUCACACCCGAGAACCGCGGUUUCGACACGGCCUUCGCGAAGUGGAGCGGACCGGGGGACUACUGGACCCACGUGUCGUCAGAUCGGAAGUACGACUACUUUCACGGGUACGACCUGCGGCUGAAUCGGGAGGUGCUGUGGAACAAGACGGGCACGUACGCGACCCGCGUCUUCACGGAAAGGGCAACGGAAAUCAUCGCGCACCAUGACAAGUCGAAGCCUCUGUUCAUGCUGGUUGCUCAUCAAGGUGUCCAGGCAGCGAACGACUACGGUUCGGUUCAGUGUCCACCCGAGCACCUCGAAUCAUUCGCGCCCAUCGCACAUCGAAAAAGGGUCCUACUGGCCGGCGGGGAUACGAAGAUUUUAGGAGACCUGGCCGACUUCGACUCGUACAACCAAUGGCCGAUGAUCAGCAAGAACCUCGUCUCACCGAGGAAGUCCAUCAUCCACCGCUUUGACCUGGCCGGCCAAAAUUUCGUGAUCCUUCUCGGUCAAUACAAGGGCUUCAUCGCCAAGCACCGCAGCGUCAACUGGGAGAGGAAGUCGAAGUGGUUCUCAGUUGUGGGUCUUGAGCUCAAGGAAUCGUCAAAUUUCGAGAAACGCGUCUCCUCCGGCGAGACCUACAAGGUACUUCAACAGCUUCGUGGCAAAGGCUUCACGCUGACAGACCCCACACAAAGGGGCUCUUUACUGAACUGUAAGCCCAUUGCGAAUCCCAGAGGUUGCCACAUUGGGCGUGGUCCGUGCCUGUUCGACCUGGCCAAGGACCCUUGCGAGCAAGAUAAUGUCGUCGACAAACACCCCGCUGUAGUGGCGAAUAUGAAGCAGACCAUCAUAUACGGCGACAGCUUCGUUCCCUGGGAGAACGAGAAGAUGGGGGACUCGGACGCCAACCCGGGGCUGUUCGGCGGUGUGUGGGUUCCAUGGCGGAGCCCGCCGCACAGCCAAUACAACCAGAACAAGCGCUCCCAGGACUGUCACUUCGACUGCUAAACGGCGAGCUCUGCGUUGCGCUUCACAGUCAUUUACGUCAAUACGGCUGCCCUAUCCGGCUGUUAGAAGGUGGUUUUAAAAAUUCUA